AUGCAGAAGCCUUGUUUUGGGCAUGGCAUUGUGGGCUGCAGCCUUUUGGUAGGGUUUGCUGUGGCUGGGCAUCAAGCCGUCAACCGGGAGAUGGAAGUGCAGGAGCUGGAGAGAUCGAGCACGCCAUCACACAAACAGGCGGCUGGUCAAUGGACCAUGGCGUGCGGCCGAUGCUGUGCCCCUUCCUCCAGCUGCCCAGCUCAAGGUAUCAUAUGUAGAUGUCCUAAAUCUCAAUUCUCGGGUUAUGAAGUGCAAAUCGUCCUUCUAGACUGUCUCAGUUUAUUUUUAAUUCUCUGUAUGAGGUUGUUGCGAAGCAGAGAUUUCAGUUUAUUAAUCUAUGUCAAAUGUGCAGAGGCACCGGCGCAUGACAGAGCCUAUGCCAGCCCCACAACACAGGAGACGGCCGACACUGCGCCGGUCUAUCAACACCGCGACCAAGCAGCUUUAGCGCAGUACCUUUUUUUCCUUUGUUAG